AAGAGUGAGAGCGAGGGCGAGGGCGAGAGCGAGAGAGAGAGAGAGUUGAGUUGAGUUGUGGAAAAAAAGCCUAGCAGUGAACACACACUCUGCUCUCUGCUCUCUGCUCCACAGGAUUAUCUAACUGCUGAUUAAGAUCUGCUAGAAAGAGUACAUGCUGGCAUGAAUAGGGCUGGGUGUAGUAGUGUCAGUACCAGCAGCCAACCCCAGUGAUGGACUACAGGCGGACAGACGCUAACCUCGACCUGGCUCCUGCUAUUCUCUCACAGUCCCACUCUCCUCCUAACUGAGACCAGCUCCACAGAAUGCUGAGUCCUAUUGUCCCCUAUAGCCUGUAUAAGAUGCACUGGAACCCGGAGCAUGCCCAGUCUCUCAGCCAGUGGCCUGAGCAGCACCUGGAUGUGUCCUCCACCACCUCCUCGCCGGCCCACAAGUCCGAGCUGUACGCCGCUGGCCGCACCCACGGCCGAGGAGGCUCCACCCACGGCUACGCCUGGGCCAAUGACGACAUUGGUGCCCUAACCGCCUCCAAUCUGCUGAAGAGCUAUGCAGAGAAGUACUCUGGUGUUCUAGACUCGCCCUACAACCGUCCACCGGGGCCCGCUGUAGGGGCCUACCCAGAGCCAGGGGCCUUCGGGGGCCUCAAUGGCCUCAAGACUGAGCUGGAGCCCUGGCCCCUGAGCCACAGUGCGGAGGGGCCCUACCCCGUGUCCCUGGAUGGUCUGUCAGGUCCCAAGGCUGGGGCCACAUCAGCAGGGCCCCCAGGUGCCAGCAGUGUGUCAGUGGUCAACAGUAACCUCUCAGACUCUGGAUAUAGUGGUAGCAGCUCCUGCUCUGGGUCUCACUCCGGUGACUACAACCCCCCCAGCUACAACGGUACCUACCUCUCGUCUGGAUACUGCCCCGGGCCCCUGCCUGGCUCAGCACUUCCCCCCUCCCUCCACCACCCCCUCCAGCCCACGCCCACCCUGGUGCCCAGCUACUCACCCUCCACCCAAGUUUACAACUACCCGCCAACCAGCUACCCCCACCAGCCCAGCCUGGCCCCCGCUUACAGCCACCCCUCUGCAGGGUACUUACACUCCGGGCUGGCCGCCCCUACUCCUCUCCCCUCCCGGCCCACUGUAGUCGGGGGUAGCUACAGCUACCAGGAGUCUGGAAGUGGGGUGAAGAGGAAGGCAUUUGACAUGUCAUUGGAAGAGGAGGGGGAAGGUUCUCGAUACAGGAAGUAUUCAGGCUACGACCCAAUGAAGUCCGGAGGAGGAGGGGACUCUCUCUCUCCCUACAGCAUGGGGGAUAAAGGAAACAUCAGAUUCACCACAGGCAGCACAGAUCCCCUGGCAUUUAAGCCCAGUAAGCCCUCCUCCCAGCCCCUGGUGUCCCCUCCCUAUAUGGUGGCUGUGGCAGGUGAGAACAGCCCGGCAGCAGGGAUGACUGGAGAGAACGGAGGAGGAGGGGGGUCAGAAAACCAGGUCUUCUCCCACUCCCAGCAGCAACAGCAGCAGCACCGCUCCUCCCAGGCUCACAACCAGAAACGCCCCUCCCUCCACGGCCAGGGCCAUCCUGGGCCUGGACCAGGGGAGACAGCCAGCAUGAAGAGUCCAGACCCCAUGGUUCUGGAUCUAGUCAACGGGGAAGUGCUGGAUUGCAGCCCGGCCCUGCUAUGGGGGGAGCUGGCUGGGCUGACCCACGUCAAGGCUGCCCUGGAGGAGGAGCUGUUGUGGCCCUGUCUAAGGCCCAGCCCUGCCAUCCUGCCCCCAGCCACCGUGCUGCUGUUCGGCCCCCGGGGAAGCGGGAAGACCACUCUGGCCCGCUCCAUGGCCGCCCAGCUUGGGGCCUCCUUCUAUAGGCUCAGCGGGGCCAUGUUAGCUUCUAAAGGCAAGGUGGAUGCCGAGGGGAUACUGGGGGCCACGCUGCAGGUGGCGGGGGCGAGACAGCCUUCUGUUGUGCUGCUCAGUGAAGUGGAGGCUCUGGAGGAUGAGGAGGGGCUGAGGCAGGUGUUGCUAUCCGCCCUGGAGAAGGCCCAGAUGGGGUUAGGGUCGGCGGGGGGAGCCCCUGGGCUGGUGAUCGUAGUGUGUACCACUGGCAGGCCAGACCUGCUCCAGGAUACGGUGCAUCGGAGCUUCGCCAAGCACUACCACGUGGGUCUGCCAGAUGCGGGGAUGCGGAGACAGGUGCUGCUGCAGGCGCUAGUGCCCCAGGGAUGUUCUCUCAGUGACAGGGAGCUGGGGGCUGUACUGCAGCGGUCAGAGGGGUUCUCUGUGUGGGAGCUGCUGCAGCUCUGCCAGCAGGCCCUAUCCUCAGCAUCCACCUCGGGCCCUCAGGGGCCCUUACACAGCCUUUCAGGACAGGCUACAGGGCCCCCAGCCCUCAAAGACUUUGAGAACGCCUUCUGCAAGGUGCUUCCGCAGUCGAACGCCACCCCGAAAGAACUGGACACUUGUAUGGAGUGGAGCAAGGUGUACAGCCACUGAGAAGGCAGGAAGGCAGGGAGACAGCCACUGUAUGUAAUAUAAUGUAGGGGACUGAAUGUAAACCCUGUCUUCACUUUUGACAUGAUGACAAGUCUUGGGAAUGUUUUACUGUUUAGUUUUUUGCAAUUAAUUAUUAUUAUGCAACCAAAGGUGUUAGAUUGUCAAGAUCGAAGGUUUGGGAGAGAUGAGAAGCAGAUUUAACGUAGGUUUCUCUGGUUAGCAUGCUGAUGUUCCUAUUAAAUAUACAUAUACUUUAUUUUUCCCAAAGAAAAAGAUAGAUGAUGCCUUUGUGGACGGGGCAGUGUAUUACAGUAGUAGUUGAACCUAUAUGGUGGGAUAACUGCAUCAUUGGAGAUUACUUCUCAAAGGUUCAAAUCCUAACUUGAGAUCUAUGUGCAUAACUUGUCUCUCAAAUCUCGACAUCAGUGCAUGAAUCACGCAAAAGCCGAGUUGAGUGCAACGUGCAUCUCUAGACAGUUAGGAUUCCACCCAAAGAUCCAUCUUUUUUUGUACUACAGGACAUAAGUCAGUGAUGUGUUGUCAAGGUGACGUAGUCCAAGGUGAUGGAUCACCAGGGUCUUUAGGAACAACCUGGACUUGUCCAAUAAGAAACACUUUUUUUUUUUGCUUUCCGUUGCAAAACAGAUUGAAAGGGGGCAGGACUACCUGGACUCAUUCAAUAAAAGCAAUUUUCGUUGCAAAACAUUUUAAAACAUUUGUUUCCUAAUGAACAUGACCCAGGGAUUUUUUGAGAGAUCUCUCUGUUGUCUGACUGCUACUCUCAGGACCCUAUCUAUUACCAGUCCACUCCUGUGGUGUUUUAGUUUUCAUUGGUCAUUUGGUGUGUGAAAACAGCUUUAGAAUCAAUUUGAACAACUAUAGUGGGUUUUUUUUCCACAAAAAAAUGAUCAACAAUACCUCAUUGUCUCUUAGCAUUAUGGGUUAUUAACUUAAAACACAGCUUUUAGCUUCUCACCAAAGUCAUGGCAUUGUGCUGAAAUAAUUCAACAAAAAGCAUCAUCAUCAUUUGAUCUGGUCUUAUCGUGGACACUUUGGAUCAAUAGUCCCUCUUUCCCCUAUAGUACAGUAUCACAUCAUUCACAGCUGUUUUUGAGACAAAACCACUACAAUAACUCAUCAAUUGUGUACAUCCUGAAUGGUACUCUACGUACAAAAAAAAAAACGUUAAUAUGCAACUUUACAAAAACGUUGAAAUAGAACAUAAAG